AUGUCCUACCAAGACCCUCGAGAGUCGGUCCUGAACAAGCCAAAGCCUGUCAUCCAUCUGCCCAAAGAUCUUCUGGAUCGUAUCACCAAAGGUGCUGAGCCAUAUCCCAUCCAAGCAGGGAGAAAGUAUGAAUAUGGCACUGCAGGAUUCCGUAUGAAAGCGUACGUCCAUCCUCAGCCGCACGAAGCUGACACCUACCUGCCACCUGCCCACCUGACCUGCCCAAAUGUUGGACUGGACCAUGUCAUCUACACCGUUGGGCUUAUCGCUGCCCUCCGUUCGAAGAAGCGCAAUGCGACCAUUGGGAUCAUGAUCACCGCCAGCCACAACCCGGCGGAAGAUAACGGAGUCAAGUUGGUUGAUCCUAUGGGUGACAUGCUUGAGCAAUCAUGGGAAGCAUAUGCGACUGUCCUGGCGAAUACUCCUAGUGAGAAACUGGGGGAGGAAUAUGAGAAAUUGCUCAAUGAGACCUUGAUCAGCAACAUCAGCCAGCUGCAUGAACGACCAGCAAAGGUGGUGUUUGCCCGUGAUACCCGUGCUUCUGGACCGUACUUGGUUACCGCGCUCAAAGCCGCCUUGGACGCCGUCAAUGUUGAGUAUGUCGACCAUGGCCUCAUGACUACCCCGCAGUUGCAUUACAUUGUCCGGUGUCUCAACACCAUGAAUUCCCCAUACGCUUUUGGCGAGCCGACCGAACAAGGCUACUAUGAAAAGAUGGCCAAGGCCUUCAAGACCAUCAUGCAUGGCCGUACUAUUCAAGGCCCUAUCACUGUCGACUGUGCCAAUGGUGUUGGAGGACCCAAGUUGAAGGAACUGAUCAAAUAUCUGCCCUCCGCGAAGGAAGGCGGCAUCGACAUUAAGGUGGUCAACGAUGAUGUCGUCAAACCCGAGGCUCUCAACUUCGAGGCGAGUUUCUUCCGGAUCGCCGAGUGUGGUGCGGACUUUGUCAAGACUAAACAGCGUGCUCCCCCAAGUUCCAACGCGAAACCAGGAGACCGGUGCUGUUCUCUUGACGGCGAUGCCGACCGUGUGGUCUACUACUAUACCGAUGAGCAGAACACUUUCCACCUUCUAGACGGCGACCGCAUCGCUACUCUCGGAGCUGUGUUCCUUGCGGACAUGACUCGCGUCGCCGGGAUCGACCAGAAACUGAAAAUUGGAAUCGUCCAAACUGCCUACGCCAACGGCGCUGCUACCGAAUACGUCGAGAAAGUACUCAAGCUGCCAGUCACAAUUACCCCUACUGGCGUCAAACAUCUUCACCAUGCUGCUGCUCGGUACGACAUUGGUGUAUAUUUCGAGGCGAAUGGACACGGAACGGUGCUUUUUUCGGAAAACGCGAUCAAGCUCAUCAGAGAAUCCGAACCCAAGUCCCCGGGCCAGAAACAUGCUCUUGAUUCCCUUCGCGCUUGCAUCGACCUGAUCAACCAAGCCGUUGGUGAUGCCAUCUCCGACAUGUUGUUCGCCGAAGUCGUGCUUGCUCACAAGUCCUGGACGCUCGAAAACUGGCGCAACACUUACAUCGACCUCCCUAAUCGCCUGGUCCGUGUCGUGGUCAACGAUCGCUCCAUCUUCAAGGCUGUCGACGCGGAGAGAAAAUUGGAGUCACCCAAGGGAGCCCAGGAGGAGAUUGACAAGUACUGCCAGAUGUAUAUCAAGGGUCGCGCCUUUGCACGGGCUUCUGGGACAGAGGAUGCGGUCCGUGUCUAUGCCGAGGCCCACUCCAAGACUGAGGCGGAGAAGCUUGCCAGCCAAGUCGCCGAGGUGGUGAGGAAGUAUGGGACGAUGUAA